AUGGCGGGCUCUUGGUCAUCUAGUUGUUGCAAAGGAUGCUCUUCUACGAGCUGUGCGUGUGGCGGUGACAAGGGCAAGUGGGGCGACUCCUCUCUGUUGGGCAGGCGGCUCUCGGAAGAUUCGGGCCGUCACCAACUGCUGCGGAAGUGGGCAAACAUGUGGAACUCCGUGAGCGGGGACGCGUCGGUGGCCUGUGUAGAGGGGACGCGACGCGAGGAGGCUGCAGAACCCGCCGAGGAGGAGGACAGGCCGCUGGUGUUUCUGUGCUCCGGCUGCAGGCGGCCGCUGGGCGACUCGCUGAGCUGGGUGACGAGCCAGGAGGACACCAACUGCAUCUUGCUGCGCUGUGUUUCCUGUAAUGUUUCUGUGGAUAAGGAACAGAUACUAUCCAAACGUAAAAAUGAAAAUGGUUGCAUUCUGGAGGCUUUGUCCUGCACAGGAUGCUCACUCAGGCUUGGCUACAUAUACAGGUGCACACCCAAGAACCUAGAUUACAAGAGAGACUUGUUUUGCCUCAGUGUUGAAGCCAUUGAAAGUUAUAUUUUAGGGUCCUCGGAAAAGCAAAUUGUGUCAGAAGAUAAAGAACUUUUUAAUCUUGAAAGCAGAGUUGAAAUAGAAAAGUCUCUAAAGCAGAUGGAAGAUGUUUUGAAAGCAUUACAAACAAAGCUGUGGGAGGUUGAAUCAAAAUUGUCCUUUACCAGUUGCAAAAGCUGA